CUUGAAGGAAUGGCUAAAAUUAGGUCUUAUCACAUGACGAAUAUACGAAGUGAACUUACUUAUUUUGAUGCCGAGUUGACUGAAUCAGAAUUACGUGAGAUGGUAAAGAUUGCAACAAUUGAUGAUUAUAUUUCAGAUGAGGAUGAAAUAGGUGAAAAUAAUGAUGAUACGUAUGAAGAAAGCUCAAACUCAUUAUCUCUAAAUUAUAUAAUUUUAGAAGAUGUAGUAAAUUUGCAGGAUCCCAUUUUUCAAGAUAGAGAAAUCGCACAAUUUGAAUUUUCUACUGACAUUGCAGAUAUGACCGAUAGUAUUGAAGACAAUAUUGACAUGGACUUUAAUCCUGAAGAUCUUGUCGAUACUAUUCUAAGUGCUGAAUUGGAGAUUAAAUAA